UUUUCUCUGUAUGUAGAAUUAUCUGGUUCAGAGACAGACUGACGUUUAUCAGAUGAUCCAGGACAGAAUGAAGAAGAUUCAAGAAAUCAAACACUCAGUAGAUCUGAGAAAGAGAAACACAGAGAAAGAGAAAUCAUCCAGUGUUGAGCUCUUCACUGAUCUGAUCCGCUCCUUUAAGCGAUGUCAGUCUGAGCAGCUGAAGAUGAUGGAGGAACAGCAGAAAGAAGCAGAGAAACAGGCUGAAGAUCUCAUUAAAGAGCUGCAGCAGGAACUCACUGAGCUGAAGAAGAGAAACACUGAGCUGGAGCAGAUCUCACACACUGAUGAUCAUCUCCACCUCAUACAGAAGUUCUCAUCCCUGUCCAGUCGUCCACACACAAAGAACUGGACUGAGAUCAGGAUUGACUCUGAUGUGGAUGUGAACUCUCUGAAAAGAGCUCUGACUGAACUGAAGAAAAUUCAAGAGACACUAAAUGAAAAACUCAGUCAAACUGAGUUGAAGUUUGUGCAGAAGUUUGCAGUGGAUGUGACUCUGGAUCCUGAUACAGCUUUUCCAUAUCUCUUCCUGUCUGAUGAUGGAAAACAAGUCGGUGAUGGAGACAUUAAGCAGAACGUCCCAAAAAACCCAAAGAGAUUUGAUAUGUAUGCAAUUGUUCUGGCAAAGCAGGGAUUCAGUUCAGGGAGAUUUUACUAUGAGGUGCAGGUGAAGGGAAAGACUUGGUGGUAUUUAGGAGUGGCCAGAGAAUCUAUUAACAGGGAGGGGAAGAUCAUAAUGACUCCUGAGAAUGGAGUCUGGACUGUGAUUCUGGAGAAUGAAAAUGAAUAUUCAGCUCGUGAUAAUUCAUCUGUCUCUUUAUCUCUGAGAGUGAAACCUGAGAAGGUGGGAGUGUUUGUGGAUUAUGAGGAGGGUCUGGUCUCUUUUUAUGACGUGGACUCCAGAUCUCAUAUCUACUCUUUCACUGGUCAGACUUUCACUGACAAACUCUAUCCUUAUUUUGACCCAGGCCAUAAUGAUGAAGGUAAAAACUCAAAGCCACUGAUCAUCACACCUGUCAACUGAAACAAACAAAAAUCAUUAUAAAGGAAUUAUUAUGUGAUAGACAAAAUGUGUACAAGUG